AUCAGCUAUUUAAUCUCCUCAUAGCCUGAGGGUUUCCCCACUAGCUUUUGAGGGAAGCCCAUCGCGUUUAUAACGAAACCCCAGUUGCCUAUCGGUUUCUUGAAAACUGAUAGGCAACCAUCUCCGUCGGCGGCCUGGAUGGGCUCUCGACAAAGCCUUGAGUGGAGGAGAGACCGAGAGAUUCUUGAGUAUCACGGUUAUUACUUGUUUGAUAUAGUAGCGUGAUGUUUAAGACAACAAAGAUAUGUGGGGUUGGGAUUUCCCUCCACCGCCAUCGCCCCCUCCUUCAAGAAUUUAAAACAGUUUGCCUGUACUUGCUGCCACCGUCUUCGGUUGAUCGCCGCGUGCUAAGAGAAGAAUAACGUGUAACUUGGAUCGGAGAUUUUGGCAGCUAAUGUCUGGCGAACCGGCAAGUCACGGAACGGCAUCAAAUGGACUCCAUCUUGAGUCUUUUAUGGCUAUAUAUGUAUCACUUUUCUUUCUUCUACCAUACUAAUGUUGUUGUUAUAAUAGUUUUUGCAUGCAAUUAAUGUAAUAAAAGGUUGUGUUCUCCACCGCCGGCCGACCGAGUGAAGUGUGUUCUUGUUUUCCGGUUUCCAUUUAAUGAUUAAAGUGUCUUUGUGGCUUUGUACUUUGUAAAAAUGUUCAUUCUAGUCCUUAUACUU